AUGUCGCUAUCCCAAGGACUUAGAUGUUCAUUUCGGGACGUUGGUAACGGCAGGCACCGAAUGUACCUGGGCAAACCUAGCCUGCGCCAUCAAUCCCGCUCUCUAUCUCUGUUUGGCUGGGGCUCAAAAUCCACCUCCGAUGAUUUCUUAAAGCCUCAUGCGAACAUCACAGGUGCAGACACAACACAGGUUGCCUCUUCCACAACUACAGACACUGUACGAACCGUCAAGGCCUCUCAUGACACAUCGACCGCGCCUGAUCCCUCGAGUGUACACCCACAUCUCGCCAAUGAGCACACCCCUGAAGCCCUCCAAAAGCUCGAAAAUGCCAUCGUAAACCCCCAUAAUGCCCCUUCUCCUGCUGAGCAACUGGCCGAUAUACCUGAUCUGGCGUCAAUCCCUGAACGAAUUGGCUACCUGAAAGAAGUCUGCGCCUUGGAUUUUGGAUGGGGUCCUUCCUCGAUGAUGGAAUGGGCAUUGGAGCACCUCCACCUCACCGCGGGCCUCUCCUGGGCAAAUUCUAUCAUUGUCCUGGGGCUUCUCUUCCGUCUGGCAGUUGUACGCCCCUCUUUUGUAGCAAAUGAACAAUCCCAAAAAAUGAGGGAGAUGCAACCCGUCCUUGCGCCGCUGCAGGAGAGGAGCAAGGCCGCGCUAGCCUCAGGCGAUCGAAUUGGCGCUAUGGAAGUCCAACGCGAGAUUGGCGCUCUGCGCAAAGAAUUUGGGCUCAGCUUCGGGAAGAUGUUUCUUCCUAUUAUGAUCCAACUUCCUUUUCAGUUUGCUGCCUUUCGAGUUUUGAGUGCAGCGGGGAAUUUGCCUGUACCUGCCUUUGAAACCGAGCACUGGCUUUGGCUGAGCAACAUAUCGACAACUGAUCCGACAUAUGUCCUCCCCCUCAUGAUCUCCACCCUCACCUAUUUCAACAUGUCAAGAGCUGUCAAAAGCCAGCCAGACAAUAAGCUUGCCACAUUCAUGAAAACCGGCUUACCUCUACUUUCAUUUCUGAUCAUGAUUUGGCAGCCCGCGUCUUUGCAUUUAUUCUUUUUGGUCAAUGGUGCAUUUAAUUAUGGCCAGAUGGCCCUGUUUCAAUCUGCCGUCUUUCGAUCGUGGGCAGGGCUCCGUCCUAUUGUAAAGGCUACAGCACCGUCUAAAGGCCCGGCUCGCCCGACUUACGGGUCUAUGAAGGUGGUAAUUCCUGGUCAAGAGUCUUCCGCCCCGGUCACAUCGAACCGGAGUAUUAUUGACAAAGGGGUUGACAGAGUCAAGAAAAGUUUGAGUGACAAUCCUUUGACAUCGACCUAUUUGAAGACCAAGAAGGCAAACGCUUCAAAAUCAAACAUCAAAAAUGAACAACAGGAGAAGUGGGAGAUUCAGAGGCAGGAUGAAUUGGAAGCUGCCCGUCGUGAAAGAAACAGUAAAAUUUUCCGGUAG